CUUAUCAUAAGCCUAUACAGUUGUUCUCUUUUCUUGACAAUAUUCUUGUCCUCUGGUUCUUUCUCCGUGUCUUUCAUAAUAAUAUCUUCUGAUAAUUCCGGUAUUUUGGAAGGAUAAAAGAGAACACGUGAAGAAGAAAAACGGUAUAUCACCAGUAUAAACAAUGUCGACCCGCUUGGUGGUAAGGAGGUUACAUAUUCAGGUGAUAGCAGCUGUUAAAAGCUACUCUUUUGGCUUACAAAUGUCACGAGAGUUUUUCAACUUUUAACGUUUUUUUAAGUGUUAUCAUAUUGAGCAGGGAUCGAAAAUGAACAUAACCUUCGUUAUAAAUGAACUGAUGCACACCUUCGCAAUGAAGAUCGGUCAUUUUUGACAGAUACCAGUUGUAGUAAAAGUAGAAAGUGUUCAACGCUCCAACAGGCACGUACAGCGAACUAACAGUACCAAGUUGUUUUAUGUCAAUUCCUGUGGGCCAUUGGCUUUCCUCCUGUUGGUCUACGAUUUUACAAAUACAUUUAACUUCUGUUGUCCAGUGUUGAUUUUGGACAAAAUUUCAAAAAGAGAAAGUUUGUUUACAUUGACCUAUUCAUAAAUAAGUGAAUUUUAAAAAAUACAUAUUCAUUAGCAUAGUGAGAUUUGAUUUAUCUACGUUCAGUUUAAUAAUGAUAAUUGCUAUCAAAGAUCUGGUAUCAACUUCAUUCAAUUACAUUACUAGAAUUUCAUUCAUGGAACAUCAGCUAUUACAGUUCUGAAAAGCUGACAUCAAACAUGCAUGAAUUAUUUACUCAAGUUUUAAACAAAAAGGAUCUGUCGAAGGCUGGAGACCUGUUUUCUGUCGCUGAUCAGGCAAUUGUAAGUGACCUAACUGAAGUUGUUAAUAAAAUUGCUGAAAUUACUAGUCUUCCUGACUACAUCAAUAAUGACAAUGAUCAGAGUGUUGUCGAAAUUUGUAUCACAAGAGUAACAUCAUGUAUCAGAGAAACUGGUUCAAUAGAGCAACAUGCAGAAGCUCUUGUUGGCUUACUUGAAUCUUGUUUGAAUCAUAAUCUAAAACCGUCAGCUAAAGAUGAAGACCCUCCCCAUUCUAAAAUAUCUUCUGAUAUAAUUUCUUGUCUUUUUUUAAAUUACAGUAAGAAAGAUGUAAUGAAAAGGGCUUUGCCUGUUGCGGUAAAGUUCUUACACAAAGGUAACAAAGAACUUUCUCGCAACAUGGCUUCAUAUUUAAGUUUAGCUGCCAUAGACAAUGCUGAUUUACUGUUGAAACAUAUUCAGUUAAUAAUUGAUUCUAUCAUAUCUGGAAAUUACCCAUUAUGUAGAGUUCUUCCACAAAUCUACGAAGUCAGUAAGGAACCUAUUCACGAUCAUGUAAUGGCUCUAGUUUCAUUGCUUCCAUUGUGUGAACAUUCUGAAAGGCUUGCGCUGUUGCAACUGUUCAGUCUUAUAGCCGGAAAUAAACCUUUACUUCUGGAACCCAGUCUUCCACAACUUUGUGAAUACUUGACAAUUGGUGCAACAGCGAAUCCCACACUUGAAGUUCUCUUGAGACUAGCUGAAAAAAGUCCUCACUUACUUGCAGAUUGUGUCGGAAGAGUAAAACAAGCUGCAGAAACCCAUCCUAGUACCCUCUGUUUAGCCGCUCAAGUGAUUGCUGCUGUUGGGAAACUGAAUAAGGAUCGUGCGCAGGAAGCAUUGAAUUUUGUGUUGGAACAUUUAGGCAAAGCUGAGAGGGGCAGCCAAGGCACUCUGUUGAGGGAAGCAACCGCUCUCUGUUCUAGUUACCCAGUUUUGUUCACUGAAAAAAUGUUAGCCGAAGUUAGGAAAAAUAAGAACAACAAUUCAAAUUCUCAAGUAAAUCAGACGGGUGGUGUGACGAUUGUCAAAGUUGGUGGCCAAGUGACAAACAGCAAUACUCACAACAAUAAUAAUAAUCCUAAUGUAAACAAUAAUAAUCUCUUUCAGCCAAAAUCAGCUGCUACAAAUAACAGGCAAUUCGAUUCCAGGCAGCAGGAAACUAGUUUGAACCGUAGCGAAGGCAGUCGGGUUUUGAUAACCCCUAGAGCAAGAUUGGGAGGCGAAAGUAGAAGUACAUCCAGGCUCCAUUCUUCUGCUGCUCAUAGAAGUAUGACGCGUCUGAAUAUGGGUGCUCUUCUUCCUCCUGCCUCUAGUGGAAGUGGGAGUGGCCUUCAUAAAAGUAUGACGAGACUUUCAUCAACCAAUAACAGUGUUACCACCAUAACUAGCCAACCACGAGGGAAAGUAACUUGCGGAGGCGUCACAGUUACCACUACGAACAAUAGUCCUACCACGAGUGUUGCCCUUAGAGAAGAGAGAGACAUCAGUGGUUCUCUAAUACCAAACAUACCUCCUCUUGCUAAUACUAACUCUGGUACUCUUCAUCAAGCCAAACAUAACAGCAGUUCUCCAAUUUCACAAUCUUUCUUAUCAACGUCACAUUUGAAUUCCAAUGGCCCUUCAAUGUUAAUGAGCCAACCUAAUGGAGUAGCCGUCAACCAGACUACUGCAAUGGCACUCAGUUCUAGCCAGGCUUUAGUGACUCCCAGAAGAACCAACACGAGUGUUACCAUUAUUAACCACAAUAAUAAUGCUGCGAUCGUUGCUGCUUCUCAGAGAAUUAGCGUAUUUGAACCUUAUCCGAUGAGGGACACUGUUCAACAUUUUUGUGAAAAACAUCUUGACAAAAUUAAGUCAUACAUGGAGAAAGUCUCAGUCAGAAUACCACUCCCAGCAAAAUGUACCAUUGAAGAAAGGAAAGCAAAGAAGAUGGCCAAAUUGCAGUUCGGCUGCGAUGGGCGUGGUGAACAUUGUCUUUAUUCUAGAACUCUUUUUACGAUGAGGAGUCGUAAUCCUAGGGUCUGGAUACAUUUUAUGUUUCUGGCUUUACAGGCGAAGUCGCAGAGCGCUCUUAGUUCUCGACAUUCUGCAGUUACAGCUUUAAAGUACUGCUGGGACAUCUUGAAAUGCGAAAAUAAACCUUUUGUGACUCUGGUAACUUCUGCAUUUCCUUGUGCUAAGGAUCAAGAAGCUGUACUGAACGAGCUCAGGUCUGCUGGCUUUUGCGAUGUCUUCGAAUACUCAGCCAACGAAGAUGGUAGGGGUGGUACUUGGGGCUGUUUCCUUUGUAACCACCCGGAGCGAGCAAUAGGAUUUUUACAUCACUCGGAACCCGUUAUUGAAGGUCAGCUUAAAGAGAAAAGAGGGAGGUGGAGAAUGUUUAGAAGGUGGAGGACAAGAUACUUUACACUAUCUGGUGCGCGAUUGGAAUACAAAGGAACUAAGGAUGACAAAGAAGGGCGACCUAUCGACGUCCACCAGAUAAGAAGUGUCAAAGUAUCACGAGGAGCUAGGAACAUACCUAAAGCAUUUGAAAUCUUCACUGGGGACCACUCUCUUAUAUUGAAACCAAAAGGUGGUAAAAAUGCUGAGGAAUGGGUGCAGUGCCUCUCAGUGGUGGUCGCACAUUCUCAAUCUCGAGAAGUGCCCAACAGAAGUUCAAGCCUCGUUCGAACACCAGUUUAAAUAUUUCACUUUCACAAAGUAUGAAAUCAUUUGAAUUUACCACAUUUAUUUUUUUUCAUACCAAUUCAAGACUAGUCUCAAAUCUUCCCUGAAAGAUAGUUAUUCAAAGACUUCUGAUUCUUCUAAUUAAAAACAAAAAAAAUCUUCCAAACCACUAAAUGGUUACAUGGUUAUAUUUACCUGUUCAUAUAAAACAUAUUUUAAAAAUUUUUAUUCUUAAAGUAAAAUUAUUUUCUUAAUAUUUUAUUCAAAAGUAUCAGACUGUAUCUUUGAAGAAUUUUUAAAUACAAUUAUUUUUCAUGAAUUUAACGUUCAUUUUCUAUUUAGAUGAUGCUUAUCCCCUUAAUUUAAAGGGAAUAACUGUUAAAAUAAACAAUUAUUUUGUAAAUAUUCAUAUUUUUUUGUAUAAAACAAUAAAUAUUAUAUGAAAAUAUAAUUGUAAAUAUUUUAUAAAUGGUUGCCAUACUGUGAAUUUUAUAUUUUUUUAUUAAAAGGAAAAAUUAUUUU